AUGUUUCGUGAUCCUGGCCAGAAGCUGAUAGACAACGAUUUAAUAUUAUGGAUACAAACCGAAUCUGGAAUUGCAGUGUCCCUUUUGGAAAUCGGUGUAGCAUGUCAAGUGGACGCAGCGCCCGCCUACCCCGCCACGCCCACCCAGACCGCCAACAACAAGCACAGGGCGGCAGCAGCAGCAGCAGCGGCAGCAGCAGCAGGAGUUGCUGCCGGAGAGCCCAACAGCAACAGCAUGUUGCAGUACGGCAGCAGCAGUGCCACAGUGCCGACCACCGCAGCCACAGGGUCUGCAGCAUCUGGCCUGGGAAUGGGCGUGGUCGGGGGCGGCAUGGGCAGCAUGGGCGGAGGGAUGGGCAUGGGCAUGGGAAUGGGCGUGGUCGGAGGCAUGGGCAUGGGAAUGGGCGGAGGCAUGGCCCCGUACAGCCUCCACGGAUCCACCAUGGGCAGCAGCUGCGAGUCGAGCGUGGAGCGAAUCCCAGUGGAUACCAUCGAUGCACUGGGUCCCGAACUGGCCGUGGCCACAUCUCAGGUCCUGGAGAAUCUUUCCGAAAACGAGCGCAAGAUGAUCAUCGAGGUGCUGAAUCGGGACGAGUCGGUGCGGCAGAGAGAUGCAACCAGAAUGAUGUAA